AUGAUUUAUGUAAUUUGGAAAUAAAUUAUGAUAAAGAAGAUCAAUAUCAAAAUUUAGUUAAUCAAAUUGAGUUACAAAUAGAAGUUGAAAAUAUUGGGACUGCUGCAUUUGAAGUUUCUCGACUCUUAUUAGAUAAAUCAAAUGAAUUAGAUAAAUUUAUAGAUGAAAAUAAAAAUACAAACAUUCCGUUGGCAACUUUUCCUAAUUUGCGUUAUAUUAUUAAUCAGAAACCAAUUUCUCAAAAGCAAUUUGAAGAAGUAGAUUCACUUUUUACACUUGAAGGAUUUUUACAUUCUAAAGUAUUAAUUGAUAUUUGA